AUGCAUCCAAUCAUUGCGACGACCUCUCCUCAAAGAGCCUCUCGUACCGUCCACUUUCUCACCACCGCUUUCAUCGACAACCCCAAGUUUUGCCACGUUAAUGCCUAUGCCUUGGCAGAGGCGGUCGAUAAAGAGGGGGCGGCACGAGUAGUCACAUUAGAGAGGUCUCACUGCACCACGCUACGGAGCCGGAGUCGACCUUUUGCCCACAACAAACCAAGCAUCCGUAUAUGCAAUCUAGCUAUCCUCUUCCCCGCAACUAAUCUUACGCUAUACAAUAACACCUCCUAUACCUUUGAAUUCUGCAUUACAAACAUUGGGUCAAUUGUAGCCAUGCCUCCUCCUAGUAGCCAGGCUGUCAGGAACGACUCGGUAUCCCAAUAUCCCACCGGCCACUAUGGGUCAUUGACUGUGCAGCAGCAGGACGCUCUCGACAGUUUCAGAAGCCUGCUCGCAAAGCGGGAGUACCCUGACUUUGAAAAGUCUACGCCCGCGCAGGACGUCAAGUUGCUGCGCUUCCUCCGCGCUCGCCGAUGGGACGUCGAAGCUGCCUACACUCAGUUUAACGACACGGAGACUUGGCGUCAGGCCAACGAAAUCGACACUCUGUACGAAACUAUUGACUGCGAAGCCUACAAGGAGCUGCGUUCUCUUACACUCAAUGGUCAAGCGGUAGCGGCGAGUGAAAUGGUCGCCGCGAAACCCAACUUUUCCCUGGCAAAGAAGGACGGCAAGACGUCGGCAAACCUCAUCUGCUUUGCAGCCUUGUAUGAAAAUCUGCUUCGCUUCACCCAACCUCUUUCGACUCAGCUGCCCGACCGCGAGCAUGCCGAGGUGCCCAUCACCCUUAGCACGUACAUCAUGGACGUCUCUGGCAUCAGCGUCUUGCAAUUCUGGAGCCUCAAGAGCCACAUUCACACUCUAGCGUAUCUCGCAUCCGCGUACUACCCUGAAACGCUCGGCGCAAUCUUCAUCGGCUGGCUUGAUCCUGUCACCGUGUCCAAGAUUCGCAUCGUCGGGCGCGACGAGGUUCUCUCUGCAUUGGAGGAGGUGAUUGAAAAGUGCAGUAUCCCCAAGACGUAUGGUGGAGAGCUCGAGUAUACCUUUGGUCAGCCUCCCGUUCUAGACCCUGCUUUGAAGGGAAUUGUCGAUUGGGAGGGUGACCACUCAUCCUUUCCAUUGGAUCCGCUGGUGUGGGAGCCCGUCGAGGGCGAUGCAGCCAGAGUUGCUUGCCUGAGGGUUGGCUACAAAGACGGCAAAGCACAGCGAGACUAUUUGAACUAUACUAUUCCUGCAGAGGGAAACUCGACCGGGUUCAUCGGUAGCCAACCAAAGUCAGCCGGUCAGCCGAAGACAAUAGGAUACCAGGACUCGCCCUGCUGGCCAUCGGCUCUGCAGUAUCAAAACUUCGAAUGA